AUGUAUCGCUCGGCUGAAACGUCGUCUUUUGCUCGAGACGAUGUGGUUGGCCGGCGGCGCGGGGCUGCGUCCGGGGUCUGGGGCGCCCGAAGGUACUACUCCCUCGCGGCUGCCGGCCGGAAUCGGGGCGACGAGAGCGGGGUUCGCUUGGAGUUCAAUAAGUUAAUGUUGCGUUCCGGCCGACGAUUGGUAAGUGUCCUUCCUGGCUACUCGAAGAUUAAAUCGCAUUUCCGUCUAAUCCCCGUACUAUUUAAACGCGAGCUGGAACGAUUCUUAGCUGGUGAUGAUCUACAGCACACAUUUAUAGUAGUCUUCGAGACUGCAGACAUUGGAAUAUCUUGGGAAGAUGGUACGGACAUGCGGGUAACCAACCGGGGGUGCGGUAAUGUAGUGAUUUCUGCCAUUGAGCCUGGAUCGCCUGCGUCUGAUAAUGCGGACGUUGUCAUUGGGCUUGCCCUGGAAUCGCUGUUCUACGAGCCGUUUAUCAUCGUCCAUGAUUUUGCGCAUACGUUAGACAUAGAAAUCGAUACUUCACGCAGAAGACAUGCUAAGAAGACAAUUACGUCCAACCCCAGCUCGCCAGCGCUUCUACGAACGCCCAUGGUUCAUCUUUGGGCCAAGAUCGAUGCGCUGUUCACCUCUGAUGAGAACGCACCAAAGCUCACGAACACUAAACAGCAGCUCCUUCUGACUGUAUUGUCUAGGGCAUGUAACGUGCUCCUUAGUCAUCUCACUUGCACACAACCCCAGGUCAGAAUAAAAAAUAGGGCAUAUGCAUUCCUUUCUGAUGUCAUAGAGGCGCUUGACGAAGCGUUAUUUGUCUUGGCGCCGCAGCACUUCAAGUUUGGAGUUUGUGUAUUGACUAUACAGAGUGACCGGUCACCCUUCAGACUCCUCACGAGAGAUGUUACAACACGUCGCUACAUCGACAUCUUGGCUUUGAGAACGAGCCGAAUCCUCUCCACACGUAUUCGGUGGCUUGAGUUCGAUGAAUUCAGGAAACUAUACGUCACGCAUCUUUUAGGAGAGGAAGCGAUAGAUGCUCUGCGUAAUCGUGUUAAAGUCCGAUUCCGAAGUGAUGAGGAAUUGAAGUCGCUUGCAGAAGAGCGUGCAAUGUUGCAGCGGCGAGCCAAGUUAAAGCUCGAGCUUGAAGCUCGGCGCGAAGUGAAUCGUACCAUCAAGCAAAAACAGAAAGAUCGCAUGUCCACUAUGUAUUAUCGCGACUGUGAUGGAAAUUUGCGUCGUGGAAAACUCAGUGCUCUCACAAGGACAAAUACUUCCGCAGCGAAUACUGCAAACGUGAAGUAUUCUACUGGGCCAGCAAAACAGAACCCCAGAGGUACAGCAGAAAUGCGUCGAAUUCGACGGAGGUUGGCUCGCGAAAAACUGAUUCACAAGCGGCGGUCAGAUCAAGAUGCAAGGCAUAAAGCACAAGCCGAAGAAGCUAGAAAGAGGGAGUUUCAAGCAAUUCAAAAUCGGCAGCUAGUUGCCAAGAUGAUGACGGAAUCUGGUUUUGAGAACGUCUUGGCUCAUUCAGCGGACGAUAACAAUGAUGGAGCCUCCCAGCACGGUUUUCCCCAUGCAUCAUUUUCUGGAUACGCGUAUUCACGAACAGUCCUGAGCCACGCACUUUCGCACCCCAUAUUCCAUGGAUCAGUCAGGGCACCAAUCAGCACAUCGCGUUCCCAGUCGGGUCUUAGUGUACGUUCAAUGGUCUCCAAUUUGAGCCAACCUGCGCUCAACGUUACGGGACACAAUUGGCGUGUCUUUCAUUCGCCGCCGCUUUGUCGGGGACUUGCGCGCCAACAUUUUCGUACGCUGACGGCUGCACACGAUCGUUCAGAGAUAAUCCACCCGGCAAUAUGGGGCUGUGUUCUCGCAUCAGGGCUAGCCUUCUCAGAUGCAUCAGUGACAUGCCCCGCGCUUGUGGGUUACUCGCUUGAGCGACAGAUACCACGCCCCGAGGUAUCUACGCGCCAUCUAGACAAGUUACGCCCACCCAUCCGUCGACUGCCACGUGGCGGUGGGUGCAUUGACCCUCUGAGUGGUACCACAGGCGGCUUUGAUGACGCGAUUACGCCAUGCCACACCUGUCUUGGUGGUCGCUUUGGCUGUCCUUUCUGUUAUGAACUCCCUGAGGGUCUCCAGCUGCACAAAUACUCGUAUAUGCCAGGUGAUACCGCGCAGGAACGCAUGGAACAUACACCUCAGAAACUACACACCGACCUCACUACGCAAACUGCGCUGACGCAUGAUCGCAAUGUUCGACAUGACCGAGCAGAAGUUCUCGUCAAAUCUAUUCCCUGUGGCACAGUGAUCAAAAUCAAUCUUUUUUGUGAUGACUCCGUCUUUGGAAAGUUUUUUCACUUCAAAUUUUCCAACACAGACUUUAUGCUCAGCAAGACGACGAGGCUGAGGAAAGUCACCGACGACAUCUCGAGGACCGCUCACUCGAAAAGCACGUGGCCGAUGCACUAUCUCACCGCAGACUGGAGCCUGCUAGUCGCAGAAGACGAGGGCGCUGAAGGGCGAACGUGCCGUUUCAAGAAACGCAGUGCCAGCCAUAUCGAUAUCUUCGGCCGAUGCUAUGUAAUGCAGCUUGGCUUCGCAAAUAAAAAAUGCUUAGGAUAUGUAGAUCACGGCCGUGUCCGAGGUCGCCUGCCGGCACGCCCCGAUCUCGCCGCCUUGGCCGGCGGACUGGUCGAAGUCACUCGAGCUGGUGUUUCACUCGACUCGGCAGCCAGGCCCAGCAAGUGGCGAGGGGCAACCCCACUGGCCGAGGGGCACUCAAAGCGCGGCCUGGCAACAAGGACGAAAACAAAAUCUGAAAACGAAUACUCUGGGCUGAUACUUCCCUUCAAGGGAUUUCCGCACCAUCCGCUACGGCCAAUGCGUGGAUUCACCGGCAAGCUUGAAUUCUAUGCAGUAUCCAUGUCAGGCCAACUCCUUUCGACAUCAGCGCUGGACUUCUGGAUGGGAUUGCUUAUUCGGAUACUAGCUCUCGUGGCUGCUGGCUUAUUCGUCGCUGAAGUCCAGCUGCCCCCCUGGAUGGACAGGGAGUACGCCCAUCUGUCCCCUCGGGACCGUGGUGGGCCCGAUCGUGCUGGGCUUCUGCGUCCAGAUCUGCAAGAAGACAAGGACAUCGAGGUCCCUCUCGAGCCGGCUGCCGUGCAGGAAAAGCCCAAGGCGUUAAAGGCAACCGGUGUCCUCGAGUCUGUGGCAAUGAUUGCCAUAUACAUGUCGGCGGCGAUUGGGAUUGUCUAUUUGAACGCAUAUAUCUUGACUCAAUGGCCAUGGGCAGCUACCCUGACAAUGCUGCAGAUGCUGUUCUGUUCAAUUGCAGCGCGGGGCUGUGUGUUCGCGGGCUUGUCGGACCCGGCCAAGGUUGGUAUGACCCCAAGGCACUAUGUAACCAUCUGCGUGCCUCUUGCGCUACUAUACACAUUUUACCUUUAUGGCUCUAACGCGGUGUAUGACUACCUACCUGUUGGGUACAUCCAGCUCCUGAAGCCGGGGCAGGCAAUCGGCGUUUACAUCCUUCUCGCCAUGGCGGGGAAGGAGGCUGUCUCCAUGCUUCCGGUCUUAAACUUGGCAGUCAUCCUCGGUGCAGUCAUUGUCGCGAGCGUGGCGAAGUCAGAGGUCGCGGGCUGGUCGACAGCCGGCUUCAUGUUCAUGAUGGUCAGUAAUGCUUGUUAUAGCUUUUACCUUGUGGGCCAGCAGCUUGUUCUAAACACAUCCCUUGGAGGCGGGAAACAUGCUUCCAAGCUCGAUGCCAUCACAACGCUCUACUUUCUUGGCCCAGCAACAGCCAUGGGCCUUGCCGUCGUGGCUGCUGCAACCGAAUGGGGUCAGGCCGAUUUUCGAUUGACAAGCGUGUCCCCAUGGUUUCUUUUGUGCGACUGCAUCAUUGCGUUCUCGCUCAAUCUUAUCCAAAUAAACAUCAUUGGAAAACUCAGCGCCCUGAGUUACAUGUUUGCUGGCUACGCGAAAGGCUUUCUAACGGUCGUCAUCUCUGUAGUUUUCUACAAGGAAGCUGUGGAUGGCCUUGAAAUUACUGGCUAUAUCGUGAUGCUCUUCGGCCAGCUGUUGUGGUCUCUCCGCAAGUUGCGUGCACGCUUACCCCAAGCCGACCGUGAGGAUGCCGGUCUUAACUUCAAACUCGGCGUUGUUUUCAGUUUUUUGCCUCACGGUCGACGCUUGCUUAGCCGUGCCUUGCCAAUAAACCGAUUGCAUAGUAGCCGGCCACAGUGCAAUGCAACCAGGAGAUACAUGGAGUCAAAGAAGACGAUAUCGCCUACCCGAUGUCUGGACAUUAAGCAAUGUGACUCGCCGGGUUUAACGAGUUAG